AUGUGCGAUGAUUUUCCUAAAAAAAUUAGUUUAACAAUUAAUAAUAAAAAUGAAUCAGUUUUUUCAAAAAGUAAAAUAUCAGAGGAGCCCACAACUCUCCUUAUCAACAAUGUAAAAAACGAAUUACACCUAUCUAACGAAGAUAAUAAUUCAAAAUCUAAUAAUGUUAUAAGUAAUACUAAUUCUCCAUUAAUUCAUAGAUAUAGAAGUCGAAGUGAAGCACCAGGGAGUGCAAAUUUUAAUAAAAAUAAUUUUCAGAAUGAUAAAUCCAAAAAUAUAAGAUUAACUAGUAAUAAUAAUAAGAUAUGUAAUGAGUCUAAAGAUGAAUAUUCUUCUAAUUUUAAAAAACAAACUGCUAGUAUUAGUAUCCUAAGUAGUAAUAAUAAAAAUUUAGCUAAAUUUGAAAAAAAAAAUGUAAUAGGUUAUAAUUAUUUCACUAACAGAAGAAAAGAUUUAGAUACAGAUGAUUCUAAUAUUAUCAAAAAUUUACCAUUAAGUAUAUAUGUAGGGACAUGGAAUUGUGAAUAUUUUGAUUUUUCAAAAGAUUAUCAUUAUGAUAAAAAACGGUAUACUACGAAUUAUUUAAAAAAAAAUACGAAGGAGAAUAUGUAUUCAACACAAAUGAAUGAUAGAUAUUCCGUUAGAGCAGUAACACCUUUAAUAUGUUUUGAUUCCACCAAAAAAUUAGAUAGCUUUUAUUUUAAUAAAAAGGAACGACGAAACAGAUCAAACGAUUGUAAAGAUAGCAAAUAUAGUCAGAAUAUAACUAAAGAAAAUAAAGAAAAUAAAAAAAUAUCAUACAAUGGUAAUUUUGAUUUGAAAAAUUCCUAUAAUAGGAAAAAUUUAGAAUACAAUUCUGAAUUUCAUCAUAAUAUGGAUAUAACAAUUAUUAAUAAGAACGGUAAAACAGAUAAUAACAACAGUAAUAACAAAUAUGGAAAAAUGAAUUUUAAUAAAAAGGGUGACAUAGAAAUUAAUAAAAAAAAAAAAAGUUACGAUACAUUAAGAGUUCCCGGUGAUGAUCAUGUUAGGGAGUUAUCGUUAAAUGAAAAUUUUUUUAGAAAUAAAGAUGAAAUCAUUGAUUUAAAAAAUUUAAAAAAUUUAAAAAUAGAAAAUAAUGAACACAAAUUAGAAAAAAGUUAUGAUUUUUUACAGAUUAAAAAAAAUUAUUGUCCAACAUCAAAAUCAAAAGAAGGAUUUCUAUUUUCUCACUGGAUACAACCUUAUUAUGAUAUAUAUGUAAUUUGUUUGCAAGAAUCUAUAUCUGAUAAUAUAGUGGAAUAUUUAUCUAUGUAUUUAAAAGAAGUAAACCAAGAGACUUAUGUAUUUUUACCAUUAGCUGACUAUAAAUUAUCAGGAUAUGGAGAUGGAGCCUUUCUACAAAUGAAAUCAACAACUAUAGCCGCAUGGGUAAGAAAAACCAAAUUAUAUCCAAAUGGUCCAGUUAAAUUAUGUGCAUCAAAAUCUAUAUCUUUUAAUAAAUUAAAUAAUAGUAAAGGAUGUGUUUCUAUAUUAUUAAAUAUUUUUAAUCAGUUUAUUUUAUUUAUUGGUUGCCAUAUGCCUGCGAAAGAUCAAGAAUUAAGACAGAAAUCAAGAGAAUUUAUAUUAACAAAAUUAAGUGAAUAUUUUAGUAAUAAAGCUACUUCUAAUUUUAAAGAUGUAUUUCAUCAUGUUAUUUGGAUGGGUGAUUUUAAUUUUAGAGUUCAUGGAAUACAUUUGGAAAAAGUAAUUCAUUAUCUAAAAACUAACAAUUUAAAAGAAUUACUAAAACAUGAUGAAGGUCAUUCUGCUUAUUCAUGUGAUUUAUCUAUAAGCUUUCAAGAAUUGCCUAUCAACUUUUUGCCUACUUAUAAAAAAAAAGGAGGUAGACCAAUUAUUAAUAAAAAUGAUAACAAGUGGGUUGAGAAAGAAUAUAAAUUAAUUCAUAAUAUAAAAUGGUAUAAAGGAGGAAAACAAGAACCACGAAUACCAUCAUGGACAGAUAGAAUUUUUAAGUGGUCAUGUGAAAAAACAAAAAAUUGUUUAGCAUUUAUUCCAAACUCAUAUAUAUCUCCAAUACCUGAAGAAAAAAGUAUUUUAACGGCUAGUGAUCACAACCCAGUAUCUUGUUGCUUUCAGAUGUAUAAAAUGAAAAAUGAAGAAGAUAUACCAUUAACUAAAGUAAUAUUUAUAUAA